UAAUCAGAAUUCCGGUACGCAGUUUCUGCUAGAUCUCCGGCUCCGGUGGUUUGAUUCGACUAAGGUGUACUGUCCCCAAGACUAAAACCCCUUUCCAGUUUGAUAUACUAUCUUUUAAAUCCUGAAACCCUAGUUCGGUAUAAUCCUCUGAAACACUUUUUUCGCAGUCUCGAUUCGAGGACCUCUGGAGCAUCAAAAUGGAUGGGAGUUCACCUCCUACUUCUACAAACUCUGGGGUAGACAAUUCAGCACCUGAUGCAUCAUCAAAGCUUUCUCCUUCAGGGAUAUCAUCAUGGGCCAAAAACUUGAAGAUUCCACACUCAUUGUCAGUGUCUCAGGAUGACUCUCAGACAGCAAAUGCUGGGAAAUCAACGUUUGCACGAUUUACUAGUGGGUUUGGACGGCGCUUGUCCCCCAAAUCUCCUCCAACUAACGACAGCUCUGAGGGAGUUUCACCAAGAGCACAACCUGGUUUUAUUGGAACAGUUACUAAAGGUUUAGUUGACUCUUCCAAAAAUGCAGUGAAAGCUGUACAGGUCAAGGCUCGACAUGUUGUCUCACAGAAUAAACGGAGAUACCAGGAAGGAGGGUUUGAUUUAGAUAUGACAUACAUCACAGAGAACAUAAUUGCUAUGGGGUUUCCAGCUGGUGAUAAGAGCUCUGGGUUUUUUGGAUAUGUUGAGGGGUUCUAUCGAAAUCACAUGGAAGAAGUGAUCAAGUUUUUUGAAACCCAUCACAAGGGCAAGUACAAGGUAUACAACCUUUGUUCAGAGAGGCUGUAUGAUGCUUCUUUAUUUGAAGGAAAGGUUGCUAGCUUCCCAUUUGAUGAUCAUAACUGUCCCCCCAUUCAACUGAUAAUAUCAUUUUGUCAAAGUGCAUACUCUUGGUUGAAGGAGGAUAUUGAGAAUGUAGUGGUUGUGCACUGUAAAGCUGGAAUGGCCAGGACAGGGCUGAUGAUUUCUAGCCUUCUUCUAUACUUAAAGUUUUUUCCCACUGCUGAAGAGUCAAUUGAUUACUACAACCAAAAAAGAUGUGUCGAUGGAAAGGGUCUUGUUCUUCCAAGCCAAAUUAGAUAUGUCAAGUAUUUUGAACGCAUCUUGACACACUUUAAUGGUGUAAACCAGCCUGGGCGCAGGUGCAUGCUUAGAGGAUUUCGGCUUCACCAUUGCCCUUACUGGAUAAGGCCUUCCAUCGCUGUCUCUGAUCAUAAUGAUGUUCUGUUUUCUAGCAAGAAGCAUCCACGAACCAAGGAUCUCUCGCCAGAAGAUUUUUGGUUUAGUGCACCAAAGAAAGAGGUAAUGGUCUUUGCCUUGCCAGGUGAACCUGGUCUGACUGAGUUGGCUGGGGACUUCAAAAUCCAUUUUCAUGACCGUCAAGGAGAUUUCUACUGUUGGUUAAACACAACGAUGAUAGAAAAUAGAACAUUUCUUAACACCAGUGAUCUUGAUGGGUUUGAUAAGAGAAAAUUGCCUUCACCAGGUUUUCAGGUUGAGGUUGUCUUAGUAGAUCAUAAUGGUACUCUUCCAACAACUCCUAGUAUUGAAACUGCUCCCAAGAAGCUAGAUGAAAGCUCAGGCACCAGUGAUACUACCCCUGUUGACGGAGUUUCUGUUCCUUCAAACCAAAAUAAAGAGUCCAGAAAUAAUGACAAAGAUGACGUGUUCUCAGACAGUGAGGCAGAAGAACCUGGUUCUACAAGGAGCCAGAAAAAUCAGGCAGCUUCAACCAUGGAAGGAAACAGCUCCCCAACCACCUCCAAAUCUGAAACCAACGCUAAUUCAGAUAAAGCUGUAGGUUUGACAAGUGCAACUGAACAUUUAUCCCUGGGAAACACAAGCUCACAACAGACUAAUGCCACUAGCAGUGAGCCAAAAAGGGAUGCUAUAUGUGAGGCGACCCCUGGUGUCGAGGUUUCCAAUUCUGAAAGUGAAUUCAAGGCAAUGGCUGCAGAUGCAUCUGUUUUUACUUUUGGUGAUGAUGAAGACUAUGAAAGUGAGUAAAAUGUCGUCAGAAAACUCAAAGGACUAUGAAUUUGUCUAUGUACAUAUGAUAGGCGCAUAUGUUCAUGUUCAAUCUUAUUCGUUCAUUUGUAUGUUAAAAGUAUGGUUCUGGCUUAUUGAUGCUGUGAAUCAGUGGCUGGUGCUCCAUAUGAAUAAUUGUAGCAUAAAGUUGUGAAUUAAAUGCAUGGAAGUUGU